AUGGCGACCGAAGAAGCCAUUGCUGCCGGGCUUAUCGACUGGAUCAACAGUCUCGCAGUCGCGGACCCAGUUUACACCGUAGACGACUUCACCAAUGGCGACCUCAUAUGGAAGGCUCUUCAGCAAAUCGACCGCUUCAGCUUUCCUGGCAAACUUCCAGAAGACCCCGAGACCGAUCAAUGGAUCAACAAGUGGACCAAUCUCAAACACAUUUACGAUGCGCUCUCCAUCUUCCUCGUCGAGGAAUGUGGGCAACGACUGCCUCUGCCUGGUGGUCGCCCUGACCUGAAGGCUAUAGCCCAGUCCUCCUCUCUCACUGACACCGUCGCUCUCCUGAAGCUCCUCGUGGUGGCUGCCAUCAAUUGCGCCGACCGAAUUGACUACUUGAAGCAGAUGCAGGAGCUGGCAGAGUCAACCCAGGAAGUUUUGAUGCAGACAGUGCAAGAGGCGGGAGAAGAUGGAGGGGAAGCUGACGAGGCUGGUGUGGAAGACCUGAAUGAUCAAGUUCAUGGAGACCUUCUCAGCUCUCCUCGUCAUUCUACAGAGAUGGAAUCCGUCCUUGAAUCAGAAGAGAGACUAGGCAAAGUUAUUGCCGACAACCAGCGGAUAGCAUACGAGAAGCGCGAACUCCAGAAACAGCUCGGCGAGUCGUAUUCGCGCUACGAGAAACUGCAAGAGCGUUUCGUCCAAGCCCAAGAUGAUCUGAAAGAGUCCAACGACCGCUUAGCUGCAAUUCUUGCGGGGAAGUCAGACAUUUCGAACCGGCCACUAGACUCCAAACACGACACCCUGAUCGCCACUUUAGAGAAUCGGGUACUCGAGACCGAAUCUGAAGUGGAGGACCUACGGAAGAAUAACGAGGUUCUCAAAAUCAAGGCUGAGAAGGCCCAAAAGCUGCAGGAUGAUUACGAUGAGAUGAAGAUCGAACGAGAUCGUCUGGCUCGGAAAGCAAAUACUGCGGAGAAAUACAGACAGAAGCUGGAAGCCAGCCAGGACCUUGAGAAGGACAAUACGAAUCUCAGAGCUAAAGUGACGGAAUUGCAGAAUCAACUGAAGCAGUCCGACUUUGCUCAGGCGAGCUCGAGUGAUUUGCAUCGAGAGAUUGACGAAUACCGUCGGCUCCUACCUAGCAUUGAGCAAGAAAGAUACGAGUUAAACGAGAUGAAGAAGAGGCUCGAAUUUGAUUACCACGCACUUGAAGCACGGUAUCAUGACACUGUUGAACAAUUAUCUCGACAGAAUCAUGCUUUGGAAGACUUACAAAGCAGACUGCGUGACUACGAAGAGGGCAUCCCCACAGCACCAAGAGAAGAAAGGGCUCCAGACCCGGUCAACAAAGACUUUGAGAAAGAAGAAGCGGAAUUCGCCGAGUCAGAAGCCCGUCUCGCCGCCGCGUUACUGAAUGGAGGCACCAUCUCUCCAAAGGCGAACGAUACAGAUCUUAUCUUUCCGAGGGACGCAGAAACAACCAUCCCUGGCCUUGAAGAUAAGGAGAGCAUCUCUGAAGAUGAGCUGAAGGCAAUCAUGUCUGCUAUGCGUGCGCAGGCACAAGCCGGAACUGCCACGGAACGAGAAUCGUCUCUGCGCGCGCAAAAGAAGCUGAUCGGGGCAAUCGAGCAGCAAAGGACCAAGAACAAGCUCCUACUCGCGCACGUACAAAAACAGGACCAGACGAUUAAGGACAUGCAGAGGAAGAUCCAACAUGAAAGUGAAUCUCAAGAAGCUGAAAAAGAUGUCGUACCUCCCCCCGUGCCAAAAGGUACGGCAGCUAGCUCUUCCUACUCGCUGGAUGAGGGAUCCGAAAUUGAACGACUCACAAAACAAAACAUUAUUCUUCAACGCGAACUCAAACUCAUGGCUUCGGCGUGGUACGAUCAAAAUCUGCGGCUUGCGAGCACGAGCUCAGCUGCGUCGGGGCGGAGUCGAGGAAUCGGUAAUGCUGGUGAGCCGCGAGGAUUUCUGGGACGGCAAAGGCGGAGGGUUGACGCUGCCGCCUUUGGAAAAUUUUUAUGA